AUAUAUAUAUAUAUAGGUUGAUCACCUACAUAAGAUCUUCCACCAUUGAACAGUUCAAAGGUAUACACCUCUAGUUGGUCACCUACAACAGCCGCCAUUGCAUAGUCUCCCCUAUAAAAACCUCACAAUCUGCAGGAAUUCUCAGACAAUACUGUAUAUCGAGAGAACAAACGGCGAACCGGAAGAUGGCGGCAACAUAUCUUGUUCUGGUUCUAGUAGGUAUGCUUUGUGCAGGGGCCACAGCUCAGUCUGGUUGCACUAACGUGUUGAUCGGCCUAUCACCCUGUUUGAAUUACAUCACCGGGACCUCAUCGACCCCGUCUCAACAAUGCUGCACGCAGCUCGCUAGUGUCGUGCGUUCCUCGCCACAAUGCCUGUGUCAAGUUCUUAACGGUGGUGCUUCAUCGCUCGGGAUCACCAGCAACCAGACUCAAGCUUUGACCUUACCCGGCUCGUGCAAUGUUCAGACUCCGCCCGUCAGCCUCUGUAAUGCUGCUUCCCCGGCUCCAGCAGAUUCUCCAGUAGGAUCACCGGAAUCCGGGAGCAUUAUACCAACAGGAGAUGGAUCUAAAAGCACACCGUCGGCACAGGAGGACGGCUCAUCGGACGGAAGCACCACCAAAUUGUCGAUCUCGUUGUUCAUCUUCCUUCUUUUGGCUACAUCAUAUAGUUCGAUCUUCUUGUCACACUGAGAAUCUUCUCUAGUUUUUCCCUACCUCUCAUAUAGUUUCCCCUUAUCAUAUUGUUAUC